UCCCAGCCGGGCUCAGGCCGGGAGCGGAGAGCGCCGAGAGGGGAGCGGCGCGGCCUGAGGGACCGCGAGGGCAGCUCCGGGAGCCGGCGCGGGCGCGGGCGGAGGCGGCUUCGGGGCUCGCCCGAGCGGGAGAGCGAGGCAGCGCGCGCGGCGGCCGCCGCGGGAGCCCGUCGCCGGCAGCCCGAGCGGGCGGAAGACAACGGAGGCGCCGCGGGGACCGAGCGAGCAGCCCGAGGCGGCGGCGGCGGCGGCGGCGGGGGACGGCCACGGCGACGACGCGGAGGCCGAGAAGGAGCCGCCCGGCCCAGCCCGGUGAAGCCGGCCAAGCACAGAACAGCGUCAGCCGCCGCCGCCAUGCCGUUCCCCUUUGGGAAGUCUCACAAGUCGCCCGCAGACAUUGUGAAGAACCUUAAGGAGAGCAUGGCUGUGCUGGAAAAGCAAGACAUCUCCGACAAAAAGGCAGAAAAGGCUACAGAAGAAGUCUCCAAAAAUUUGGUUGCCAUGAAAGAAAUUCUGUACGGCACGAAUGAGAAAGAGCCGCAGACGGAAGCGGUGGCGCAGCUGGCACAAGAGCUCUACAACAGCGGACUCCUCGGCACGCUCGUGGCCGACUUACAGCUCAUUGACUUUGAGGGCAAAAAAGACGUGGCUCAAAUUUUCAACAAUAUUCUCAGAAGACAAAUUGGUACAAGAACUCCUACUGUUGAAUACAUCUGCACCCAACAGAAUAUUUUGUUCAUGUUAUUGAAAGGGUAUGAAUCUCCAGAAAUAGCUCUAAAUUGUGGAAUAAUGUUAAGAGAAUGCAUCAGACAUGAACCACUUGCAAAAAUCAUUUUGUGGUCAGAACAGUUUUAUGAUUUCUUCAGAUAUGUUGAAAUGUCAACUUUUGACAUAGCAUCAGAUGCAUUUGCAACAUUCAAGGAUUUACUUACAAGACAUAAAUUGCUCAGUGCAGAAUUUUUGGAACAGCAUUAUGAUAGAUUCUUCAGUGAAUAUGAGAAGUUACUUCAUUCUGAAAAUUACGUGACAAAAAGACAGUCACUGAAGCUUCUCGGGGAGCUGCUGCUCGACAGACACAACUUCACGAUCAUGACCAAGUACAUCAGCAAGCCCGAGAACCUCAAGCUCAUGAUGAACCUGCUCCGGGACAAGAGUCGGAACAUCCAGUUUGAGGCCUUCCACGUCUUCAAGGUGUUCGUGGCCAACCCCAACAAGACGCAGCCCAUCCUCGACAUCCUCCUGAAGAACCAGACCAAGCUCAUCGAGUUCCUCAGCAAGUUCCAGAACGACAGGACCGAGGACGAACAGUUUAACGAUGAGAAGACCUAUUUAGUGAAACAGAUCAGGGAUUUGAAGAGACCCGCUCAGCAAGAAGCCUGAUAGCCAGCCAACCUCGAAACUCUUCAUCCCCGCCCAGCACCUGCUGUUAGCUGUCAGCGUCAGCCUCCCCGACAUGAGGAGCAUUCCUGCUAACCUGCUGUCGUGAACGGUUUUCAUUUGACCUACUUUGUUCCGUGGGUCGUUAUUUUCCCCUUGUUUUUUUCUUUUUUUUUUUUCUUUUUUGUUUGUUUUUUGGUUUUUUGGUUUUGGUUUUUCUUUUUUUCUUUUUCUUUUUCUUUUUUUGUUUGUUUUGGUUUUGGGGGGUUUUUAAUCCAAGGUGGAGAACGUAGCUGCUGCUUUCUUACCCACUAGAGCACCCGUGGCCAGGCUUGAUCUUCAUGUCAUUUCAGAAUGCAGAGACUUGGUGACUCUAGUUGUGACCGUGGCUGGGUUCCUGAGGGCGAGUGGAGAGGGGCGUGGUGUAGGGAAGGGGCGUACGACAGGCCGUGAGCCUUGCCGCGUGCAUUUGCCUCAGUGACAGGCCUGGGCUCGGGGCUGGCUGAGGCCUCGCAGAGAGCCUGCGGUGGAGAGAGGUGGCCUGCGAGAGGUGAUCCUUACUCUUAGCGAUUUCUCAGAAGUGUGACACUGCGAAAGGUCAUAAGGAAACUGUAUAUAUGCUUUUCACAGCUUUCUAGAAUUUCCCGACAUUUGAUUUUCUUGAGACGUAUAAACCUGGAUGUGUUGAAGGGUAUUUGUUAAUUUUACUUUUUUAAGGUAUUUUAAAAUAGUAGAGCUAGCAAUGACACUUUGCAUUUCAUUUCAACGAUGCUUACAGGUUUCUUUUGUAUAUAAUUCUUAGAAUGCUCAAUUCUUUUAAAUGAUUUAAUUUGUACAGCAGAGGAAUGUUAUUGUAUUAGUAUGUAACUAUUACUUAAUAGUGAGUUUUUGCAAAAAAAAAAAAUGAAUGCUCAUAUGUAAUUGAAAUCCUUCAGAUCACACGAAAAUGCUGAUUUCACAUUUCAGUACCACGGCAUUAAAAGGAAACAAAGUAAACCACUCCUUCGUGCCCAGUUAUGUAGCGGGGUGCUGUCCAGGGGCUGUGACACGGACCCAGAGCUCAGGACAGCUCAGGACUCUGCACUUCCUCCUGCCAUCUAGAUAAGCCACCGCGUGGCCAGACCACGAGUGAUGACGCCCAGCGAAUGCUCAGUGAAUGCUGGUUCUGUGUGUGCGUGGGAACCUCUGAAGACCACCUUUUAUUUCUUAGAGUAAAUAAUCCAGUACAGUAGUUGUGAAAACGAAUCAUUAAAACUUUGGCUUCUCUUAAGAAGAAUCCCUAGUCCUAGGCAUCCUGCGAGGAAUGUUUUUAAUGUCCUGUUCCUUAAUGCUGCAAAGUAUCAGUAUUUAUAAAGUGACUGAUUUUGCACCACUUUUUUUGUUACUGUGACCAUGGGCAGAACGACUUCUAGAAUCCUAAUCUGCAUCACAUUCUUAGGACGGUGUCUGCCGUCCUAGCGGGGCGGAGACCACAGCUAACAACUUACAAAUCAGUCUGCCCGUUCAAGUUCAGCAUGGCCGUAGCUGAUUAAGAAAUUCACGUAAUUCUUCCUUUGCUAGCCUCUCUUACUAAUUAUUUAUCAGCCAGUAAAGGAAGAUUUCCCACCCCACCCCCAAGUGAUGAUUCCAUGGGUCUGAAAGCCUCUGUCUAGGACCCCCGUUAGGAAGCAAGGAGAGACCACAUUGGGCGCUGCUGUCCCUGACGCUGCCUCCCUGGGCCCCGGGCAAAGUGCCUGGGGCGUUUCUGCGGGACAUAGGGGAAAUUUGGUCUCAGCUGCAGAGGAGACAGGCUCGGCCGUGAUUCUGGGGGUCCCCAGGUGUCUCGGUUGAGGGUGAAGAUGUUCGUCCGCUGUUGGUGGGAGCAGGCCGGGUCUCGCCUCCCUGGGUAGACACGGGGGCACCUCGAAGGUGGCAUCCCCAGGGCAGGCUUGCUGUCACACCAGGAUCGGACAGGGGAGGCCGCUUUUGUGUUCCUGUUUUUGUUUCUAAACAAAAAUGGGAUGCAGAGUUGCAGGGUUGCAUUUGAGUUUAAGGUCAUUUAAUCUAUUCCUAUUACCAAAACUUCUGGACGUGGCUUCCUUUGUGUUCUAAAGGUUUGAUUUUACUGCAGUCAGGAGGUGUGAUUUUUAACCCUUGAAGUAAGCAGGCAGAGAUGUACACAGUUGUCAGCGCUGCCGUGAAAGCAUUUCCUUCAUCCUGAGGAAAAGUCCAUUUCUUAUCAGAAUAUCUGGCUGGCCCUGUAAUUUAAAUUAAAAUAAAAUUUUGGAGAAACAGCA